CCCCGCUGCUGCGAAAGGCUUUGGUGUCCCUUUAGGAAGCACAGAAUGGACCUUACAGCCCGUCCAGUGCCUCCCCCUGCCGUGGGCAGGGACACCUUCCACUGACCCAGGUUGCCCCAAGCUCCAUCCAACCUGACCUUGGACACUGCCAGGGAUGGAGCAGCCACAGCUGCUCUGGGCAGCCUGUGCCAGGGCCUCACCUCCCUCACAGGGAAGGAUUUCUUCCUAAUAUCUAACCUAAACCUCCGUCGGCGUGAAGCCCUUCCCUCUUAUCCUGUCAUUACGGGCUCUUAUAAAUAGAUUUGCUCCGUAUUUCUUGUAAAUUCCCUUAAGGGAAUUGCUUCCUGUUCCCCUGGCCACCAGCACCCCACGGUGGUUCCCCCGGCGUCAGAGGGAUGGUUGGGAUUCAGAGGAGUAGCGAGGAUAACAAUCCCAGCAGGCACAUUGCACUUUCAACGUGAAGCAGCAGGAAGCAGAGCAGAAGAUGGUCUGAUGAGAGAUGCAUUCCAGUUUGAAGUGCUGCAGACACAGCAUGAAGAAGUCAAACAGAAGCUGAAAGAAGUGCAGGAUGAAAUUCUCACUAAAAAUGGAGAAAUUAAAAUUCUGCGUGACUCAAUGCAGCAGAUGGAGUAUGCUAUGGAGGAACAGAAAAGAUCAUACCUGCUACUGGAACAGCAAAAAUCUCAGAUUUUAAGUGAAAAAGAAAAAGAGUUCUCCAAAAAGUUACAGUCGUUGCACUCCGAGCUGCAGUUCAAGGAUGCAGAAAUGAAUGAAUUAAGAGCACGACUUCAGAACUGUGAAAGAAAUAAACACCUUUCUCAGGCAGUUCCAACAAGCCCUAAAAAGAAUCAUGUGGUACAAGUGAAAUCAGAAGGAUGUUCUCCACAGCCAGGAAGAAGAUCUUUUCCUACAAAGGAAUCCUUCAAUGCUGAAGUGUCCAGUAUGCCAGUGUGUUCUUCAGGAAAUUUGAUGGGCCAGACUAUUUCAAUCAAAGAAGACAGGAAGAUAACCCAUCCUGAAGUUUCAUCCCUGAAGCAGCACAAAGCAACAGGAAAAAAACGCUCCUACAACUCUGUCCCCAAACGAAAUACACAAGGUUCUGUCUUGCUGAAUGCAUUGAUGAAGCAGCCCAUUGUCCCUGGGUCAUUUCUUGGACUCUGCCACCUUCUCAGUAGCAACUCUGAGCCUCUACCUGGAGCUGUGUUGUCUCCCAAGCCUUUGGAUACGAAGCCCACACAACUCCCCAGCAGCAGCAGGACAACUCAAGAAGGAAUCGCUCCUCUUUUAUCCCUGCAAGAAGCUCAAAAACUGGCAAUAACGGGACUGAAUUUGAUUGCUCUGGAUGAAGGAUUACCCGAGGGAAGCCCAGCAGAAGGCCAGGGAGGGCUCCUGCCCCUCACACAGAGCAGGAUCCGAGGUGCUGUGCAUCUCCUGCCCUUGGUGGAGCACCACGUUGAUGCCUUCUGCCGAGCAGAGCAGCUCGGGGACACAGCAGGGAACGGAGCUUGUGGGACCCAUCCAGCCGCUGCUUCCAGGGCCAGCACAAACACGGUGACAAGCAAGGAGGACUUCAGGUUGUCCCUUGAAGAAACUACUCUGGUAUCACUGGGGAUCCUUUAUUAUUUGGUGUUCUACAGCUGGGAUGUUGUCCACACGUUGCUGUCUGCUGAAAUGGAAAAAUGUUCUGCUGCUGGAGAUGAACAGGUUCCCAAGAUUGACAAAAAUGCGCUGUGUGACAAUCAGUGUGACAAUAAAGAAGAGAGCAGGACACAAGGAGGGCUGCCUCCUCCACAAGAUCAUCCAAAUACUGAUGGAGCUCAGCAUUCUUUGUUUAAAAAGCUGCUUCAGAUUUUAGCUUUUUCUGCUGCAAGGGUCUCCCAGACUGACAAUAUCCUGAGCCAAAGCCUAAAGGUUUUGGUGAAAUUAGCUGAAAAUUCAACUAUGGACUUGUUAGUAAAUUUCCAGCACUUACUGAGUAGCCAGACACUGCAGCGCUGUCUGAGUGAGGAGACCCCUCUGCCUGCUGUGCUGCUGACUGUGAGACUUCUGUGUGCUCUUGCUCAGCACCACCUGUUGGUUGCUCAACUCUGUUCUCAUUCAGACACCUGCCUUCUCCUUGCACUCUACAUGUAUAUAACAUCAAGACCAGAUAAAUCAGCAUCUGAAACGCUUUGGCUUCAGCUGGAGCAAGAGACAGUCAGGCUCCUGACACACUGCAUGUGGUGCUCCAGACCAGCAGUUUUAUUUCCUGGCACAGACUGUCAGUGCAACCUCGAGGUGGUUAAGGCACUAAUUGUGAUGUUGCACAGACAGUGGAUGAAGAUUAGAAGAUCUGAGACCAGCUUGUGUGCACAUAAGGAACAAGUUAUUCAGUUUUUACGGGAUGCUGUUUUACUCUUGCACAGCCUGUCUCAGAAAGAUAAACUGUUCCAUGAACACUGUUUGGAAGUUCUCCACCAAUAUGACCAAGCCAUGCCAGGCAUAAGAGCCAUUCUCAAAAAGACUCAAAAACUGAGUGCCUCUGAAGAGCUGAUUUUGGAUGAAUUAUAUCCUCCUGAGCCAGAAGACCAAGGAACAGACUCUACCUAGCCAGCAGCAAAGAUCUCUGUCCUUCCUUAUCUGAAUCAUCAUUGCCAAUGUAAAUGUGAACUUUGAAUCAUCCAUUUAAGUGAUAAUCUUGGGCUGCAUUCAAACAGCACAACUAAGACACGUUUCUUUGUUGUAAUUAUGUCAGUGCUAUUUAAAUGUAGCUGAAAGCAAAGGAAUUGCAUUUGCUGUGCAGACCCAUUCAAUGGUUUAUGACUGGUUCUGGUUAUGAAUCCCUUCCUGUAUGAAACCGCUGUGAAGGGAAUGGAAAUUUCUCUCUCUUCUCCAUCUUACUGUGACUACAGCUGAAUUUAUGAUGCUGAAUGUGCCGAGGUGUUUGGCAUCACUGCAUUCAUAUGAAAGCCUUUUGAACACA